UCCUCACCAUGGCCCACAGUCUCAACGAGAAGUGCACUCCCCUCAAGAAGGAGUACGACAACUGCUUUAACGCCUGGUUUGAAGGCUAUCUCGAGCCCGCUGUCGCGACCACCGACCAGGCGCGCUCCGAAUUCUCGAAGCGGAAAGCGCAGGAGUUCCAAGACAAGUGCGGGCCCGUUUGGAAUAGUUAUCGGGAAUGUGUUCAGCAAGCGGUGAAGGACAAGGGGUUGGACACGUUAUUGCAAGCGGCCCGCGAAGAGAACCCCUUGACGGAGACGGACACGCGAAGUCCACCUCAGGAUCCCCAAACCAAGUGACAUGAAGGCGAGAAAUGGGUGCUCCCGAGGAAUAUGACCGCGAGCGUCCACAACAUUAUAGCAUUGUACACUACCACAACUCAUAAAAAUCAUCCCAUGGUGAUAUGAAGUAACUCUAGCACAGGAGACCGAGCAUCAACCGCACUGUUAGGUACGCCUUGCAUCACAUAGGCUUCAAGAACGCCCUCAUCGGCGGAAUCCCCUUCACCUCCUGCUCCACCCUCUGCCGCCACAAAUGCAGCCCACUGCUACACAGCGAACUCUUGCACGACACGCACGACACUGCCUCGUUCGUGAACACGGUCUCCAGCCGCCUCAGCGACGAGACAUGGCCGCCCAAGUUCGCAAGGACGACCGCGCAGAUACGCGUCCAGUUCACGCAAGCCUCGUACCCGCCGCGGUGGCCCAGC